AUGUCGCUCUAUGGGGCUGGAAGCAAGCCUUUGCCUAUACGCAAGGAAAUGAUGGAGUGCUACCACUGCGCGAAGUCACUCAGGAAAGCCGGAAAGCUCAUGCAAUGCGGCCGUUGCAAGUGGGAUCUCUAUUGCAGCAAACAGUGCCAGAGAAACGCUUGGCCAGCACAUAAGAAAGCAUGCGACAAUGUUGCGCGCAUGGACGAUCUGAACGCGGAACGCAUGCAUUCUCUCGUCCUGUUCAAGAGACGCCAUCUGCCCACAGUCACCGUUCUCGGUCCCUCUGUACUCGAGAUCUACGAGAUGCCUAUCGUUACCAAAACCGCGGCCUUACUUUUAUGCCUGGACUCGCACCCGGAGAGGCGGCGUAAAGUCUCCUACUCUGUGACAGACAUUUGUCUAUUCGGCCUCGACAAACUCCCCGAGACAGUGCUCCAUCCGGAGGAAGUGCGCGCGAAGUUGGCGUCAGCGGACGAGAAAUUCAAGGCAACGGGUCACGGAGGCGCAUUCUUGGCGAUUAUGUGGUGUCGCAAGCUGGGAUUGACGCAACUGGAGAUCCUGGCCUAUAUGAAAGACAAGUUCCCGCCUUUGAGUCUGAUGCCGGGCACGCGUGCGGAGCGGAAGCAGCUGCUGAUGGAUGUGAUCAAUUCUGACCAGGUUUUUUGA